AGAGCUUCAUAUGUUCUUGGGCUUUUGCUAUUGAUGUCCAACACAAAGUAGGUAUUCCAAACGGUAUUUGGCAGGUCUGUCUGUCUGCAGUAGAACAGCAAUCUUUCUUUGAUACAAGAUGGAAGAAACAUACAAAGAUAGGACUUCACUAGUGAAAGGGGCAAAAGAUAUUGCCAAAGAGGUGAAGAGACAAGCUGUCAAAAAAGUGAAUAAAGCUGUUGACAAAGCUCAGGAUGGCUACACCCAGAGGUCCUACAACCGAUUCCAGGAUGAGGAAGAUGAUGAUGAUUACUAUGUCCAAGGAGGAAAUUAUGGUGUAGAAGCUAAUGAUGAUGAAGGAUCAAGUGAAGCAACCGAAGGACAUGAUGAAGAUGAUGAAAUUUAUGAAGGGGAAUAUCAGGGAAUCCCUAACAUGGGGCAGGGCAAGGAUGGCAUGGUGGCCUUAGGGCAGCCUAUGCGUGAUGAAUAUAAGGAUCGUCAUGAACUGGAAACGGAGAGGAAGGCUGAUGAGGAAGAGCUAGCACAGCAGUAUGAACUGAUAAUUCAAGAAUGUGGCCAUGGUCGUUUCCAGUGGGCCCUCUUCUUUGUAUUGGGAAUGGCCCUAAUGGCUGAUGGAGUCGAAGUUUUUGUGGUUGGAUUUGUGUUGCCCAGUGCUGAGACAGAUAUGUGUAUACCCAAUUCUGGAUCAGGAUGGCUUGGUAGCAUAGUGUACCUUGGGAUGAUGGUGGGGGCAUUCUUCUGGGGAGGCUUGGCAGACAAGGUGGGAAGGAGACAGUCACUCCUGAUAUGCAUGUCUGUCAAUGGAUUCUUUGCCUUCCUUUCAUCAUUUGUCCAGGGCUAUGGCUUCUUCCUCUUCUGUCGCUUGUUUUCUGGAUUUGGGAUUGGUGGAGCUGUUCCAACAGUCUUCUCCUAUUUUUCGGAAGUGCUUGCUCGGGAGAAACGAGGUGAACACUUGAGUUGGCUCUGUAUGUUUUGGAUGAUUGGCGGUAUCUAUGCUUCUGCAAUGGCUUGGGCAAUAAUUCCUCAUUAUGGAUGGAGUUUCAGCAUGGGCUCUGCCUAUCAGUUCCACAGCUGGCGAGUAUUUGUGAUUGUCUGUGCUCUGCCCUGUGUCUCUUCUGUGGUAGCCCUCACCUUCAUGCCAGAAAGUCCUCGGUUCUUGCUGGAGGUUGGAAAACAUGAUGAAGCCUGGAUGAUACUCAAGCAAAUCCAUGACACAAACAUGCGUGCUCGUGGACAUCCUGAAAAAGUUUUCACAGUUAACAGAAUCAAAACUCCAAAGCAGAUAGAUGAGCUCAUAGAAAUUGAGAGUGAUACAGGAACGUGGUACAGGAGGUGUUUUGUUAGAAUUCGCACAGAGCUGUAUGGUAUUUGGUUGACAUUUACAAGGUGUUUCAACUACCCGGUGAAGGAUAAUACGAUCAAACUUACAGCUGUAUGGUUCACCCUGUCUUUUGGCUACUACGGCUUGUCUGUCUGGUUUCCUGAUGUCAUUAAACACCUGCAGUCAGAUGAGUAUGCAUCCCGAGUGAAACAUUUUCAGAAUGAGGAGGUUUCACAUUUUGUCUUCAACUUCACGUUGGAAAAUCAGAUUCACAGCAAUGGAGAAUACAUCAAUGACAGGUUUAUUAUGAUGAAGUUUAAAUCAGUAACCUUUGAAGAUUCCCUUUUUAAGAACUGUGUGUUUGAAGACAUUACUUCACUGAACACAUACUUCAGGAACUGUACUUUUGUGAAUACCACCUUCUACAACACAGAUCUUGAGCAAUAUAAAUUUGUUGACAGUGAAUUUAUAAAUUGCACAUUUUUCCAUAUCAGGACAGGAUGCCAGAUCUCUUUUGAUGAUGACUACAGUGCCUACUGGAUUUACUUUGUUAAUUUCCUGGGAACUUUGGCAGUGUUACCAGGAAACAUUGUGUCUGCUCUUCUGAUGGACAGAAUUGGACGUUUGACAAUGCUAGGUGGUUCUAUGGUUCUUUCUGGCAUAAGCUGUUUUUUCCUGUGGUUUGGGACCAGCGAAUCCAUGAUGAUAGGUAUGCUUUGCCUCUACAAUGGUCUCACUAUCUCAGCGUGGAACUCCCUUGAUGUCAUUACUGUGGAACUGUAUCCUACAGACAGAAGGGCAACAGGCUUUGGCUUUUUGAAUGCACUAUGCAAAGCAGCAGCUGUACUUGGAAACUUAAUAUUUGGUUCCCUUGUUGGUAUAACCAAAGCAAUCCCUAUUCUCCUUGCUUCUACUGUUCUAGUAUGUGGAGGUCUGGUAGGACUUCGGCUUCCUGACACAAGAACCCAGGUGUUGAUGUAACUGGAAAAAGCCAUUUUAUUAUUUAUUUCCUUCUUUGUACAAAUGUCAACUCUCCUGACUGAUGGUGCAAAGGCUUCAGAUUCUCAACACUUAGCAGGGUGCUCAGAUGGCGGAAAUCAAACACACAAUGAGAUACUAUGGAGUGGCAGAGAUUUAGAAACUUGUAUAUGAAAGUUUUAAAUUUCUAAAUUUCUUUUUUUUUUUGUUUGCAUACUUUGCUAUCUAAAACAACUUAACUUCAAACUGCAAAGCUACCUCUUAAACAUUUUCAGAGACAUGUUCAGGAAGAUGAAAAUCAUGCCAUAAUUAGAUAUUUAAAGUGCAAUCAGUCAUAUUAUUUAAAUAUAUGUGCUAAAUUUGGCCAUGGCAUUGUGAGCUUCUGUAACAAUACAGACCUGCAAGUCAAUUACUUACCAUUAUUAGUGCAGAAAAAGUUAAUCUUACAUGUAUCAAUGCAUGCAGCAUUAUCAGGAAACUGUUUUGACUGCAUCAGUAUUGGGUGACUAUAUUUAAAUGGUAGAAACUUCCUGCAUUCUCAGAAAGAGGCAGAGGCAGGCCUUAGCAGUGGCAGUACCUGUUUCUUGGGAAACCAUUUUAUGUAGAUUUGAUCUAGAGUAAAGACCAUUAGCUGCACCCCAUAUUUGCUGAGGAGAGGGUAACAGCUACUACAGGGAAGAACAAAGCUCAUAAUGGUGAGCAAAAAAGAAUAAUAGAAUAAGCACUUUCACUUUUUGCCACUGGUCCUCCAGAAAAUAUUUGUUUUCUACUAGCUUGUGGGCAUCUGCAAUAUUUUUGUCACUUUAAAACAGUGAAUUUGUCUUUCUCCAGAAGUGAUUCUCUGAAAACCAAUAUUUAUGUUAUUGUAAGUAUGAAUAAACAGAGAGUCAGGCCAGUGAACUGUAUGAAAACUAAGAUGCUUUCAGAAAAGUGCUUUUGCUAUUUAUCCUUUUAAUUCGUCAUAAAAUGGUUAUACAAAUAUGAGGUAAUAUUGUGCCACCUACUUAAUGUAGUUAGGUGAAAGCUUCAACAUACAGUAUGAUUUAAUUAAAAACUCUCAAAACAAAUGUAUUGGUUUUUUUGAAAACAAUAGCAAAACAAAGAAAAGCAAUAAUAAAAACACCUUAAUAAUUUUCACACGUUAUACACUUCAUCACAUGAUCAUUUACUCCACUGAUUUGUAAUGGUUCUCGAGAUAGCUCACUAUUUAACACUUUCAUAUAUCUCAAGAAGGCCGUUAAGAAAGUGGCCAUGCCAAGGCUGUAGGGAGUGGUCGUGUAUAUAUCCCUUCCAAGCCAUAUGAUGUGAACCGUUCUGGAUUAUAACAAAUAGUUCCCUACUAGUCCUACUGGCCUCCGAAAGAGUACUGGAUUGCUUCAAAAUGUUAGCGUUAAAAAUUAAAUAUAGAUAUGCCUAUAAAAUUAGCAGAAAGAAGGGGCAGAUCCUCUGAUGGCAGGAACUGUCACUGCCUUCAGUGGAGCUAAAAAAAUUUGUAUCAGCUGAUGAACUGUCUGCAGUUUCAAGUUUCAAAGAACAAAUGUAGUAUAAAACAGAAGGGAAAAUUUAUCAGUAUUUUUUAAAAUUAUGCCUGACAACUUUUGUCAGGUGGCUGAAUCAUUGCCAAAGAAAUUAGCCUUUCAGGUAAGGUCAUCAUAUAGUAACAUAUAUGCAUGAAUUGCUUGAAUGUUUCUUUCUUUCUCGUAUAUGAGGAUUACUUACUAUUGCGUAGUAAUAUCUGUUACUGCAUUCUGUGUGAGUCAUCAUCACAGUCUUACUAAAAGAGUCAGAAAAAGACAGGCCACAUAAGAAGACCAUUCAUUCAUUACAUGUAAAGUUAACUAUUUUAAUGUAUUGAGUGUAGAAGUUAAAUUUCAGUUAUGAACAAAUGCUAAACUGUAGCAUCAAAAUACUAGCCAAGAAAGUGUUUUUCUGAUAUUAACAAAUGAGAAAGGUAGUUAAGUUAAGAAGCACCAGUACUGAAAAUUAGUGAGCAUGCUUUCAUGUUGAUAAUUUAAAUGUGAUAUAGGAAGAAACAAAGUUUAGGAAGUAUGCUUAUUUUACAAUAUGCAGUCCAAAUUUUUGAGAUAAGAUAUUUUAUAUUUAAAUCUGAUUUAAACAUAUCUUUUAAAUUUCCAAACUAUAUUCAAAAGAAGAAGAGAGAAAGAAUUAUUUUUCACCAAGUUCCAAGUUCAGAAGAAAAUGCCAUACUUAGUUUUGCAUCUGUGGCUUUUGUCCACUUGUCACAGUCCUAAUAUUAUUUCAAGGCUGUUUUGCCCAAUGAGAAUUAUAUUUGCCUUUGGCCCUGCCUCUCUGUGCCAUUCAUUAGUAGCAUGUGUCCACCUGCUUGUACUUCUGCACAUCUUAUUUUGAAAUCUGAAGCCUCUGUACAUGUUUGGAGUGAACAUCAACGCAAUGGAAAAUUAUGUUGUCAUGCUGUGCACUGUCCACUUGAAGUAGUAUGUUCUGUCCACCUCUGUAUGUAAUACUGAAGAGCAGCCAGAUCCAAUACAUCAUGCCGUUUGACCAGUGUGGAGGCAAUGGGGCACAGGAAAAUAAGGUUCAAUUUUUGAAGGCUCUACUUCAGGAUUAAUAUGCUAAAAUCUUGCUCCAUGUAAAAUUAUGCUGAUUUCAGUACUAGUUCUUAUACUAAAUCCUGGCCACAUCAUAAGUAUAUGGUUAAGUCUGGAUAUAGUGAAGCUAGCGGCAUGAGAGCCCGUGCUUGGAAUAUAGCAACAGCAGGGAGCAGUAAAGACAAACAAAAUGCUGAACAACAUGGACUGUGCUUGGUCCAGGAUUAGAGUGAGUGCUCCAAGACAGGAAAAGUAAUAAAGGAAGAAAGGAGAAUAGCAGGUGGGAAAGAGGAGAAAAGUAAACAGAAGAGAAGAACAAAGAGAAAAAAUCCUUGAACAUUUCUAACAUAUUAAACAAAACCUAAGGCUAGAAUUUCCCCUAGCUGGUGAGCCGGUUGGCUCAACAGGUUUGAGCUAGUGUGUGAGCCAGCAUGAAAGCUGUUUGGACAAUCGAGUAGUUUGGGCCCGAGUGCAGUAAAGAUGUAUCCCAUAAAGAGAAAAGGAGUGAAUGUACUUUCAGGCUAGGAAUACGUGGUUACAAUCCACAGUUAAUCUGUGGAGAUCUGAGCCCGAGUGUUACUUAGGUUAUAAGGAAAAGCAGUUUGGCUGGUCUCUAGUGAAUAUGUGUCUUUUUUUUUUUUCCUAGCUUCCAAAGCAAUCUCAGGUAAUAAAUGCUGGACAACAGGAAUUUCACUUCCUUUCUAUCUCUAUUCAUUUAUAUUUCACACAAAGGGUCACUUAGUGGCCUGUUUAGAUCCCUGAUAUCCCUAUGAUAUACAGGUCAUUUGCACAUACCUUCAAAAGAGAAAGCCAUGUACUGCUAUAUAAGGCAACAUAACUACAUUGUAUACACACAGAGAACCAAACCUGAUUGUGUUUGUAUAUCAGAGCUGUCAAACACAUAUAAUCAGAACUUCCUAUUUCUGUUGGGGUCACUGAACUGAGUGACUACUAGUUGGAAACUUCUUUCAGUCUAAAUUGAAGGAAGAUGCAGGGUCUAGUGGCCUUCUGCUGUAAAGCUUAUAGGCUCACCACAGUGGCAACAGUGAUGCAAAGUAAAGUGGCCCCUGAAGAGACAGAAGACUAACAGCAUUUAUUAUAGUAUUAAUCGGCUGGUCAAAUAUUUUAAAAUUUGAAAACUCUCAGCAGAACGUUUCGAUUUUUGCCAAAGAAAUUUUAUUUUCAUUAGUUUUAUUCAUGAUAGAUUGCUGAGUAGUAGAGCUUGACUUAACAGACCCUCAUUUCUUCAAAGCAUCUUGUUCACUGUGUUCAGACAUUUUAACCCAGUUGGCUAUAUUCUUGUUAGUACCCUGUCACUUUGAAGCAUGCACUACAAUAUUUGGUAUGCCUUGCGCUUAUCGCUGAGCGGGGACUGCUAGCAAGCGAAUCAGGACUACGUGUUCCUGGUUUCAGGAGUGCUGAAGUGGAUUGCUAAUCAAUGACAUGUUGGGAAGCCUUCUCCCUCUAUGCCUGAUUUCAGUCAGUGCCCUUCCAGAGCUGUAUACUGCAACACUUAGCCACAGACGAAAAAGUUGUUAGCCCUCCUUCCUGAUGGCUCCAGGAGCCUCCUAUUUGCUUAUUGUCUUAGGAAGGUGGGACAGCAUAAGACUGCUAACUCAAGCUCCGCUGUCUUUCUCUUCAUGCUUACCUUUCAUUCAUUCAUCCCACAUUGCUUUUCUUACCAGGGGUCCACUUUUAAAGACAGUUACAACUCACUCGUCAUGCUCUCAGUUGCUUCUGACUUCAUAGUAAAAUUCGGUAACAAGGUUUACCACUUACCUUUUGCAGUUAGGUCAUCCUUUUGUAAACCAAGGCAGAAAACAAACUAAAAACUCCCUCUUGUGAAGCAGCCAGAGUCCAUGUUUCGUUUCAUAGCCAGAAGGCUGAACUAAUACAAGGAGAAGCCCCCUAACAGAACGACCCUUCUUUGGAUCCGUCAGCUGCUGCUGUGUGGUGACUGGAAACAGGGAGGAAUCUUCUUGUCUGUGCAUCUAGCACAGCUCCAUUUGGAGGAAAUGUUAUAAUCUCUUCUCAUUUUCUUUUUCUGCCACUCUGGAACCUCAGCUUCAUGUAACUGCCUGAGCCUCCUCUUGAGGCACAUCCACUCGUUCUGGUUUUUAGCGGUGAAACAGGGCUACGGAUAGCCUCUGUGAGCUGGGCUUCAGUCCUCUUCCCCAUAGUGAGUUUUAAAAUCAUCUUCAUUAGUCAGAGAGAGAUGUUUACAUCUGGUCAGACCUCUUGACCCAAACAAGGUAAUAUCAAGUGAAUACAACCUGCAUGCCAUGCUAUCUGUUUAAUAUUAACCUGGAAAUGCAAUUGAAAUUUCAGUCGCAAGGUUAAAGAUGAAUGUUUGCACUUAGGGUCAAAGACGCGACGCAAGAAGUGAAAAAAGAGUUGCUCCACUUCCUCCAGAGUCUUGAAGGAAAGCACACAUUCCAUAAUCAUAUUCCAGAAGAAAACAAGUCUGAGAGGCUGCUUUUCCUCUACAUUUCCUGCCUUCCUAUUCAAUAACCUCACUGUAAGCACUUGCCUGAAUUAGUAUGUUGCAGUGCUGUUAGUUCAGGAAACACAGCCUGAAGAGAGAGACUUUCGCAUGAUUGGAGGCAAGACAGGGCUCGUGCAGUGAUGUGGAGUUAGCAGAGACUUAUUAACCAACGAGUCUGGAACUCAUAUCAGAACCUGAAUUAAAUACGAAGCACCAAUUUGUAAUGCUACUUGCAGGUCUUCUGUAACUUCACCUACUCUAAUCCAGUCUACAGCCAGUCCAUAUACUGAAAUCAGCCUGUUGCUUUCUAUAUCACAGCUCAGUUGUUUUCUUCUAAAUUGACAGUUUCAAUUAAGUGAUUCAAAAUAUUUUUGAAUCACUGUUAUUUGCAUUCUUUGUAUUUGUUGCAGUAGUGAAUAACCUACUUCUUUCUGCAAAAGGAUACUUCAGUAUUUAAUCCUACUCUAAAUUCUCCUCUUAAUUCUAAAAUUAUUAUACAGAACUUCAUCCACAUUCAGGACCUUUCUUUGAUGCAGUGACUUAGCAUGUUAGGAAUAGGAAUAGGCAGAGUAGACUGGACUGGUUUUUCUUGUUUGACCAUAGGUCAAAUUAUCUCCAAAGAUACUAGCCAGUAAUAUGUAGCAUGCUUUCUAGGCCAGGGAGGACAUCCUUUCUAACUAAAAAUGAGUAAAAUGAUAGCAGCAAUUAUUGACAGUUCUCCUCCCACUAUACACACACAAAUUAGGAGAAAAAAAAAAAAAGGAAAAAUACAGGUGUAAUUGGUUUCUGGGUGUGGAGUUUUAAUAAUCUCCCCUACCUGAGAAGGGUCGAGAAUACAUCGCUUACUCCUAACCAGUGCACAGUUCAGCAACCACAGAGAGCAAAGAAGUCUGCAAGGUCUUUGAAUGAGGAUGAUUUGACAAAAAAUAAUAUUGUCCCUGCCCUCCCAGCAUAUUCAUGGCUAUACAUUUUAAUGCCACAUAACAGAGGGUCUGUGGGAGUCCUGGAAAUACCAGAGGUCUUGCCUGAUACACUGGCCUCCAGCACUUCUGUCUGAGCUACAGCUGGGCACAGCAGGCUGCGAGGGAGAGCGCCACGUUGCUGGCAGGCUGGUUCUCGUCACGCUCUCCGCAGCUAGCCACCCAGGCUCGUUUCUCUUGGAUCUUAAGCAUCUACUUUUUUGCUUCCUCUUUUGCUUUCUACUUUUGAACAUCCAACACCUGCCAGUCGGUUUUUGCCAGUAGUCCUGACUAGGCAAGUUUAAGCUACUUGCUACUAAUGGGCAGCGCUCAUAACUCAUUGCAAGUGUAAUACUCUGAGUCCAAUGUCUUAUACGUUGUUCCAGUUUCACCUGUUGCCUAUAGCCAGAGUUGUGACCUAGCUGUUCUGAUGACACAGCAGGCAUGUUUCCUAACCCGUAAAACGUAUCUUCUGUACUCUUAAUGUCUGCCUUGUAAAUAUAGGCCUGUCCCCUGCUGGCAAUGUGGUAGAAGUUAUUUGUGAAGUUCAGGUAGACCUAUCUUGCCCAAUUAAAAGGUGGAUCUUCGAAAGAGGAGUGUGGGGAAAAAAAUUAUAAAAUGGAAUCAUAUUAAAUACAAGCCAUAAAUAGUAAGAUUUCAAGGCCUAGGAUUCAGUUAUUAUUAAAUUGGGGAGCCAUUUUCUUUAAAUCCUAACCUGCAGCUAUAUAAUACUGUAGUUUAAAGAAGAGAUAUUAUACAGGUGCAAGUGAAGAGAGAGAUGUAUAUAUAGACACAUGUGCAUGUGGAUGAAUAUACAUGCAUAUACAUAAAUACAUACACACACACACACACACACACAUGCCCAUACCAGUAUAUAUAACACAGGUGGGUAUAAGACUUAGGAACCCUAUAUCUUAAGUAGAUCUCAUUCUUGAUGUCACUAGUUGUUACUUCCUGAAUUGCGCUUUGAAUACAAAUAUCAUCCUGCUCAUUUCCUUUUACAAAAUUAUUUACUUAUUCAUGCAAAAAAUUGUUGUGAUGCCAAAAUUCAUCUUAGUUGGCCAUUACCUUUAUAUCAUUGGAAGAGAACUCCUGAAAUGGUCUGAAAAAUAAGCUUUGACUUAGCUGUACCCUUCCCCCAGCCACACUGUGCCAAACAGCAAAACAGCUCGCCAUAUAGAGGCACUAGUCAUGUUCCAGUGACUAGCCGAAAAGCUUUGACACAGCACUCUCAGCAACUCAAAAUCCUAUAAGUUCUUUUUUUCUUACUCAGAAAAAGUCCUUAAAGAUGUUCCAUGUGGAGCUCAACUUGCUAGCUUCUGUGUAAUGUAUGAGAAAAUGUCUGUGUCUUCUUUCUGUACUGUAUGUUUUUCAUUGUUUCUGCACACAUAGCUCUGUCGUUCUAGUAAUGUGGUUAUACAAUUGUUUACUGCUCGUCUUAUCAGCAAUCUUUGACCAGCCUGAAACAGAGCCAUUGCCAGGGUGUCUUUCAAUUAAUGAUUAACAGUCACAAAGAUCUACUUCAGUAAUUAGUGCUGUAUAAAGUAAUUCCAGCUAUAAUGCAAGUAAAUCCAGGCUUAAAAUAGCAGCACAUGCACACACACACACUCACACAGAGCAGUGAGGCUGGAGAGAGUUCUUUCAAAAGCUCUGGCAUUUAUUGCGUUUCUCCUUUCCUAAUUUCAAGACGUUCACUCUUUUCAGUGUGCUUCCUCCAGUGGGGGGCAUGCACACAUGCCACAGAACUAAGGAAUCAGCAGAAAAAAGAGUGUAUUCCUUUCAGGCGAAUUAACAAAGUGUAUUUGCUAUGGGAAACCUAACUCAUUUAUAGUGAGAUUAAAACCACAAUUAAAAGAAACCCAAGCUGCUAACAACUUUUGUUUGUGUUCUGUGAGUAGACAAACUAAAUACCAGUCUAAACCAAACUUUGGAAAGAGAGUAUAAAAGGGCAGUGGUGCUCAUAUAAUAGUAUUUUUGGAAAGUACUGGCGCUUUUCAGAAGGAAAACAUGCACUCAUUGAGUAAUAGAGUAGCAUCCAGUUUCUAGUAGUGAUCAUGAAUGGACAGUUUUAAGUAGAAAGUUACUAUUUGGAUUUAAAGUAACAGUUGGUGAUAUUACUAUCCAUAUGGAAAUUUGUAAACAUAGAUUAAAACCAAUAGUUUUGAAGGAAAAAGAGAAUAUUAAAAUUUGGAGAGAAAUCUUACAAAAAACAAACAAAAUCCCAUUAUCCUUUUUGUGUAAACCUUACAGCUCUUUCCUGUUUCUUCCUGCCACAGAUCCUUCCUGGUAUGGUUGCUGAUUCCAUCAGCACUUCACUAGUGAAAUUGCAUUUGCAGCAAAAAUGAGAGCAGGUAUGAACCUAGUGCUGCAGGAAAGCUAACUUGUUUAUAAAGAGCAGAACAAAUACACCAUGCUGCUAGCAGUUGGGUUUAUUGUCUUCCCAGUGUUUUAGUCCUUGAUCCUAUGAACUGUUGCAUGGAAGCAGUGAUGUGUGUGUUAGCUGAUUCCCGUUUAAAUCAGCGGAGUAGUCUGCAGGAUCAGGAUCUUAACUUUUCUCAUUCUAAAAAUGAGUGUGUUAUGUACUUGAUUGUGUAUACUAUCAGGUUGGAAUUUAUGAGGUGAGAGAAAUAUGUUCAUUUAUCCCCUAUUAUUUUUUUUCACAUGAAUAAUUUUAGCCUGGUAUUUCCCUAAGAAUGCAACAUGUUUCCUAACCAGUAAUUGAGUUUGUAAUAGCAUCUCAUGUUGCAUGCCUAAUGAAUCAACUGAUAGCUUAUUUUAGCUAUUUUAUAAAAUAUGUUGUAUUACAAUUACAAAAUUCCCCAGAAGUGCUGCAUAGCCCUCGGCUGCAUGACAUUGCAACAACUAAAUUGUGUCUUGUACUUGGCCUCAAAUAUAUGUGACAAUUCAGUGUAUGUAAGCUGAUUUUUUUAAGUUGGCAGUUUCCUUUGCAGCAAAAUAAAUAUGUGCAAAAAUCAGGCAUCAAACACUAGGUACUGAAAGUAGAGCUCUUGGCUUCGCUGUAAUUUAUCAGCAUUGUCAGGGUACUGAUUUUCUUAAAAACUAGUUAGCAUCUUCUAACGCUAAGCAACAGAAGGAAAAUGGGUGUUCUUUCCUCGUUUUUUUUUGUGAGCUAUAUUCUGCUGCCAGUUUCUCCCACUAAACUUCCACUGAAAUUGCUAACUGGUCUGAACCAACUGGGAGCAGAAUUUGGCAAGCUGUCUUUAGCGUCCAAAAGCACAGGUGUGUUCGUGUGCAUCUGUUGUCAAGAAAAAUCCUAGAUGUUCUCUAUUUCUUAAUGUGAGAAAACAUGUACAUAUUGUAUAUACAGUAAUGAGAUAUUUUGAAGUUGAAUUCCCAUUUAUACAUAUUUACUUUCAGAUAUACUAAUCUGCAACAAGAUCUUGGCAAUGGUCCUGACCUCUCUGUUUUUUGAUUUGUUUGCUUUUUUUACUGCUGCGUGAUCUUCUGGUAAUGCGGGUUACAGUCAUCACUGUUGUAUAUAUGUGCUUGCAUGUGUGUGUGCAUUGAUAAAUUUCUCCCUUUCGGACUUCUGAAUUUUCCAUUUCAAGUCCAGCCAGUACAAUUGUGAACUCAUCUUUCUAGUAUGCUUCUCUGUGUCGGAUUGCCAACUACCAAGAUAUUUGACCAAGUGUUUCAAUUAAGUCCCCUGAGGAAAGCUGUCUAUAUACUUGUGAAAGGGCAUGCUCUGUGUAGGAUGACUGUGUACAGUAUAAAUCUAUAAAAUGUGGAAGUGUUUAUAAAUUUAUCUGCCAAAUAUUUAUCAUCCAUGUAAGAAAUGCAAAGUUAUUUAGUGUACAUCAGAUUAAUAAAGGGGCAUUUUUUGCUCCACUAUAUUCAAAUAAAGAGUUGUUCUCUGCAAUGAAUAUA